AUGUCCUUGUGGCUGGAGGCCCCUGUGCCUGAUGUUUCUCCUGACUCUGCAGUGGAGCUGUGGGAGCCAGAUGCACGCAAUGCAAGUAGCCAGGCCCAGGGAGGCAGCAGCUGCAUCCUCAGAGAGGAGGACAGAACACCCCAAUCUGCUGGGGGUAUGUUGGGGGUGGGGCUGGAGGCUGCAGAGCCCACAGCCCUGCUCCCCAGGACGGAGGCCCCUGCAGAACCCACAGAGCUCCAUCCACAAAAGAGGAAAAAGGGGCCAGCCCCCAAAAUGCUGGGGAAUGAGCUGUGCGGUGUGUGUGGGGACAAGGCCUCCGGCUUCCACUACAACGUGCUGAGCUGUGAGGGCUGCAAGGGAUUCUUCCGCCGCAGUGUCAUCAAGGGAGCUCACUACAUCUGCCACAGCGGUGGCAACUGCCCCAUGGACACCUACAUGCGUCGCAAGUGCCAGGAGUGUCGGUUUCGCAAAUGCCGCCAGGCCGGCAUGCGGGAGGAGUGUGUCCUGUCAGAAGAACAGAUCCGCCAGAAGAAACUGAAGCGACAAGAGGAGGAACAGGGUCAGGCCACAUCUGUGCCCCCAAGGGCUUUCUCACCUCCCCAAGUCCUGCCCCAGCUCAGCCUGGAGCAACUGGGCAUGAUUGAGAAGCUGGUUGCUGCUCAGCAGCAGUGUAACAGGCGCUCCUUUUCUGACCAGCUUCGAGUCACGCCUUGGCCCAUGGCACCAGAUCCCCAGAGCCGGGAGGCCCGUCAACAGCGCUUUGCCCACUUCACUGAGCUGGCCAUCAUCUCUGUGCAGGAGAUCGUUGAUUUUGCCAAACAGCUUCCCGGCUUCCUGCAGCUCAGCCGGGAAGACCAGAUCGCCCUGCUGAAGACCUCUGCAAUCGAGGUGAUGCUCCUGGAGACAUCUCGAAGGUACAACCCUGGGAGUGAAAGUAUCACCUUUCUCAAGGAUUUCAGUUAUAACCGGGAAGACUUUGCCAAAGCAGGGCUGCAGGUGGAGUUCAUCAACCCCAUCUUCGAGUUCUCCAGAGCCAUGAACGAACUGCAGCUCAAUGAUGCCGAGUUUGCUUUGCUCAUUGCCAUCAGCAUCUUCUCUGCAGACCGGCCCAACGUGCAGGACCAGCUCCAGGUAGAAAGGCUGCAACACACAUAUGUGGAGGCCCUGCACGCGUACGUCUCCAUCCACCACCCCCAUGACAGCCUGAUGUUCCCACGGAUGCUAAUGAAACUGGUGAGCCUCCGGACCCUGAGCAGCGUCCACUCAGAGCAAGUGUUUGCACUGCGCCUGCAGGACAAAAAGCUCCCCCCACUGCUCUCUGAGAUCUGGGAUGUGCACGAAUGA